CUGCAUAGAAAGCAAGACAUACGAUUUUACCUAUACAUUUGAUUUUGUUUGUAUUCUCUGUUUCCCUCUUCUCUUCUGUCUCUUGAAAUGGACGUUUAAUAACUUUCCAUCUCCUUCUCCGUCUAUUUUUGCCAUCCAUUCCCUAGCUUUCUCCGCCUCGUUUUCUUUGCUCAACCUAUUUAACAGGUGAAAUUUUCCUGCCCGCUUUCUCCAGGAUAGCAAACCUGUUUCUUCUCUUAUAUUCCCUUUGCCGUGGCAGUUUUGGCUUCUGGGUUGUUGUCUUCUUCUCUUCUUUGUCUGUCCCAGAAUGGCUACUGCCGUAUUCCACCGAGCAGUUGGAACUCUUCAAUCCUGUCAGCUUCACUACAAUUCUGGAGUUCAUGACUCUGGAAACUUUCUAGUUAGGUUGGUUCCCAAACCUUUCAUUGUUGACAUUAGACUGUCAAAGAGAGGGAAUUAUGGCUCUGGAGAGAGGAAAUUCUGUGUAAUUCAGGCCUCUACCUCUUCAACUUCUGUUUCUGAUCCUGUUUCAUGUCCCUCAAAUAACAACACCCGUGAAUCUAGGAAGAAAUCAAAUGAAGCGGCUUUAAUACUCAUUCGCCAUGGUGAGUCAUUGUGGAAUGAGAAGAAUCUCUUCACAGGUUGUGUUGACGUGCCAUUAACCAGAAAGGGUGUGGAAGAGGCAAUUGAAGCUGGUAAGAGAAUCAGCAAUAUACCUGUGGACGUGAUAUAUACAUCAUCACUGAUUCGGGCACAAAUGACUGCUAUGCUUGCCAUGACUCAGCACCGCCGCAGGAAGGUGCCAAUUAUCAUUCACAAUGAGAGUGAACAGGCAAGGACAUGGAGUCAAAUAUACAGUGAAGAUACAAUGAAGCAAUCAAUUCCAGUUAUAGCAGCUUGGCAAUUGAAUGAGAGAAUGUAUGGGGAAUUACAAGGUCUCAACAAGCAGGAAACAGCAGAUAGAUUUGGGAAAGAAAAGGUUCAUGAAUGGCGUAGAAGUUAUGACAUACCUCCACCAAAUGGUGAGAGUUUGGAAAUGUGUGCUCAAAGGGCUGUUGCCUACUUUAAAGAAAGUAUUGAACCCCAACUUUUGUCUGGAAAGAAUGUAAUGAUUGCUGCCCAUGGGAAUUCAUUAAGGUCCAUCAUCAUGUAUCUUGACCAAUUAACUUCCCAGGAGGUAUGAGCCAAAUUUCUUUUCUGUUUGAGAUGUUAGUAUGUUGCCUUUUUUAGGGAGUUCAUUUAUGUAUAUACACAAGCUUUAUUCAUUUUGAGUUACAAAUUAUUGGACAGGUUAUCAGUUUAGAAUUAUCAACUGGUAUACCGAUGCUUUAUAUUUUUAAAGAGGGUAAGUUCAUCCGGAGGGGAAGUCCUGUGGGACCAAUGGAGGCAGGAGUAUAUGCUUAUACUAGGGGUUUGGCUCUUUACAGGCAGAAGUUAGAUGAGAUGUUGCAUUGAUGUCUUUUAAGGUCUUUCUUCCAUGGCAUAGCCAAAUUCAAUCGUAUCAAUGUUAUAUUUAGGUUUUAGGAAAAUAACAGUCCACUUUGUGGCAAUUGAAGCGAAAUUUAUGGAUGCACAUCUGGACUAUAGUUGAAAAGGUUAGGUACUGUUCUUGUGAGUUUUUUGGUGUGUCCCUGCCCAUGUCUGUAUCUCAGGUGGCAGACCUAUGUGUUUAUGUGAGUCUGAGAGAUCUCUUGUUCAAAAUAUCAUGUAAUAUAUAUAGACAGAAAUGAGAAAAAGUUCACUUUUUGCGGUGAAAACCGAUGGUGAGAAUCUCAUUCU